CAGCGCAACUGUCCUCCAUCCGCGAUGAAGCUCUCCCUUCACCUCUUCCUUUUCUCCGUCCUCCUUCCGGGCAUUCUCGCCCAAGGGGGUCAGAUGCUCGAAACGUACGAGGAGUUGGCGGCGGCACUGGAACUCGGCCAUCACGUCUCGGCCAUCUUCGACGCCCAAAACUGCGAUGCCGACUUCCCUCCCGCAUUCACUCCGAGGGUCGUGGUUCCCAUGGACCCGUGGACGAGGAUCCAGCUAGAAGACGGGAGCGAGGAUUACAUCACCUUCAACCACGACUUCAUCUUCUACGAUGGGAACUUCCUCCUGGUGACGGGGUAUGUGGAUGACAUCGGACGGGCUGCAUUCACCAUUUAUGAAAUCUCGGGUUCGAACGGAUCCAUCGUGGAAACGACAGUCGCCGAAUGCGUCAUGAACGUUGGCGCCUUCUUCGUCCAGAAGAGAUUCACCUUCCCCGAGGAUCACGUCACGACCUACGAUGACCUGAAAUCCCUGCUUCUCGGCGGUACUCACGUGACCUUCUUGGGCCUGGCGGAAUUGUGCGAAGGAAACCCAACGACGGGAUUGUCCAAGGCUCAGGGAGGAAGCUACCAUCUUCAGUUCUACGUCGAAAUCAAUCCGACCACGGGAGAGGAGGACCUUAUCCUGGAAUACUAUUAUUUGGGGAUAACCAUGGAUGCUUCCACGCCGACCUUCAACGUCGUUCGAAUGAGGGUCUAUCCAGAUGGGUUCGUGAACGUCACCGGGAGUGCCUUCCUCACGACGACCUGGGAAGACGAAUAUCCCUUCCCACAGGGGUUCCAGUGCACACUCGACGAUGGCGCUCGUUUCCAGUAUCGGCAACAGGAGGAUUAUGACGUGUAUGGAACUUUCGCGGAGGCGGAGGCAGCACUGCUGGAAGGGAAGGAGCUUCAAGUUUCUCUCGAUCACACCCAGUGCGUAGGAGCACCGGAUGUUGUGACCGCGGUGGGAGUGAGGCUGUUGGAAUGGCGGCAGUUUGACGUGGACAGUGCUGUGGGUCACGUGAUUGCCUUUACUCAAUUAUAUUCUGCUAGCACAGGAUCGAUAGCUCUUCAGGAAUAUGCCAUGACCGAUGAUGACCAGUUGUGGAACCACGUGACUGUCUUCAACCCAGUAACGGAUGAAAUCCUCUACAACACCACCUACUCCUGUCCACUGGGGACUGGCGCGAUAGUCUCUGCUCCUGCUAGAAAUAGUCGCCCCUUGGAUAACUACGACCAGUUGCUCGAAACAGCAAUGGACGGACUUCACAUGGAAGUCCGAAUCAACAUCGACCAGUGCAACGAUCCCACUGGUAGUGGGAUGAAUUUCACGGGUGUCACCGCCGGCGCUUACCUUCGGGAAAUGGUCAUCAUCAACCCCGACAGCCCUGACUCGAGCAUCUUCACUGCUGCUUACGCGCUCGUGACCAAUUAUAUGACUGGGGAAGGGUUUGCCUACAGUUCGGUCGACAUAACCUUGAAUAGCACGAAUGUGGCCGCCGUCGUUCCUGCCCUCUGGUCGGUCGAAAACGGCCAGCUGACGAACCUCCUAGGGGAAGGAUUCUUCCUGGAAUGCGGAUUGGGGGACGGUCUCAUCAUCUAUUCCAGCCGGCAGGACUGAAAUUCAUAAUGUUCAACCUAUUUUUCAACACCACGCAAUAAAUCUCCCAUUUUGAAUGACUAGACA